GGUUCUGUAAACUAGACUGUGAGAGAUAUGGCUCAUCCAUCUAAAGGUCCUCAUUCAGCGCGAUCACGAGCUCCACUCAACGAGGCUGGAGCAACAUGGUGGGAGUUGUUCGGAGACCUAGACGUGACGUCACAAUACUACGUUCAGAACGAAGCCGCAGACUCACACAAUACUAGUAAGCGUACCGAAGACAACCACUCAUUCAACAACAAUAAUUUUAAAGUACAAAGAGCAUUAACUUCAAAACUCUAUGGAAACUUUAUUGGUAGAACUGUGAAAAAUGUUGAUCCUAAAGGUAAAGUAUUGAAAAAAUGGAGGCAAAAGCAAGCGAUAGCAGGGUACGAGCAAGCUAGGCAAGAACUUAUUACUUCACUGAAAGAAAAAUUCGUUGGUCCACUGCAACACAGCAAUGUGUCCCCUGUGCUGUACGACAAUAAAGGGGAUAAUACCAGAGCAAUACCAACGAUUAUAAUAACUGGAGACAAUGUCGAAGAAACAUCAAAUUCGAAUGUAAAUCGUGACGGUGAGAAUGUGGAGGAAAUUGAUUCCAAUUGUGUGAGGGGUAAAGUUGAAAUUACGAAUGCAGGUGUUGAGGAUGUCAGUCACGCAAGGAGGCUUCAGAUGGGGCCAGGUGGUGAGCUGGCACAGUGGAGGCUUGCUCCUCGUGGCAGUAGGGCGGCGGGCGCGGAGGGCGGACUACGCGGGCUUACGACGACCGACAUGCCGUUGCCGAGCAGGGAAGGUUUGACAACGCCCCGGAGCGCUCGGGCUCCUAUCGGCAGGCGGCCUCCGAGCACUCUUCCUCACCAACGGCUGAAAAAGGAGAAGUCCUUGGACAGUCCUCCGGAGAUGGACUCUCCGGGGGGGAGCGUCAGCAGCGAUCUGCGGAGGCAGAACGAGGAGCUGCGCGCUCGUCUCGCCGGUGAGGCUGCUGACCAUAAGCGGAGACUCGACGCUUAUCGCAGAGCGCAGCAAGGCCAAGCCGCAUUGGUGUCCAGGCUUCAGUCCAAGGUGCUGCAAUACAAGCAACGAUGCUCAGAGCUGGAGAGCCAGAUGUUGGAGACGACUCCACGCAGCGAGCCGUCGGCGUCGUCUACGUUCCGCGCGCCGCCGCCGGUCAAGUCCGGGAUAGCUCUGCCGCCGCCGCCCUCCGCCAGCACCUGUGCGUCUGCUGCCGUGUCGGCUGCCGAUGCCAGGAUCACGGAUCUAGAGACCGCCUUGAGGCGCCUGGAUGAGGAGAAACGCAAGUGUGAGAAACUGGUGCAGCAGAACAACUUGCUCCGAGACCAACUGGAAGAGUCUCACCAACUGAACGAGGCUCUCACCUCAGACUUGCAGAAGCUCACCAAUGACUGGGAGGCUCUGCGGGACGAGAUGGCCAUCAAGGAAGAUGAGUGGAAGGAUGAGGAACAGGCAUUCAAUGACUACUAUUCAAACGAACACCACCGCCUGCUCAGUCUCUGGCGUGAGGUAGUAGCCGUCAAGCGUCACUUUGCUGAACUGCAGACCAACACUGAACGAGACCUGUACCGUGUGAAGAAUGAGUUCGAUUCUAAUGCUAGGGAGUUGGUGGGCAUGCUCAGCGGGUAUUCCAUCAAUGUGUUUGCGGCUCAGAAUAUUAAGCCCGAGUACCAGCCCUUAUCUCACCAGGCUGCCUACCAAACGCCACAAGGUGGUUACCAGGCCUCUCAGUCCGGCUACCAGGCCACCCAACCAGGUUACACCACCUCCCAACCUGGUUACCAAGGCCAAGGCCCUCACGCGACCCAUACUCAUGGUCUCCAAGGAUCCCAAGGUCAUGGAACUACUGGAACAGGCCCGUAUACUGUGGAGGGUAUGCGCGUAGAUCUGCGCGAUAUGACAGCGCAGAGAGACUCUGCUCUCGCAGAGUUGAGAGAACGAGAUGCGAGGAUACAACGUCUGCUCGGAGAACUGCAGGAAUUGGAGGAGCGGUGCGGCUGCGCAGAGGCAGCGUGUGGCUCAGCCAGCGUGAUGCGCGCGGCGCUGGAGGAGGUGGCGCGCGCGCUCAUACACGACUCCGACAGCGACGCGCCGCCCGCGCAUCCCGCGCAUCUACAUCUGCACGACAGGUCCAGCGUGAUGCGCGCGGCGCUGGAGGAGGUGGCGCGCGCGCUCAUACACGACUCCGACAGCGACGCGCCGCCCGCGCAUCCCGCGCAUCUACAUCUGCACGACAGGAGCGAGGCAGCGUGUGGCUCAGCCAGCGUGAUGCGCGCGGCGCUGGAGGAGGUGGCGCGCGCGCUCAUACACGACUCCGACAGCGACGCGCCGCCCGCGCAUCCCGCGCAUCUACAUCUGCACGACAGGAGCGAGGCAGCGUGUGGCUCAGCCAGCGUGAUGCGCGCGGCGCUGGAGGAGGUGGCGCGCGCGCUCAUACACGACUCCGACAGCGACGCGCCGCCCGCGCAUCCCGCGCAUCUACAUCUGCACGACAGGAGCGAGGCAGCGUGUGGCUCAGCCAGCGUGAUGCGCGCGGCGCUGGAGGUGGCGCGCGCGCUCAUACACGACUCCGACAGCGACGCGCCGCCCGCGCAUCCCGCGCAUCUACAUCUGCACGACAGGAGCGAGGCAGCGUGUGGCUCAGCCAGCGUGAUGCGCGCGGCGCUGGAGGAGGUGGCGCGCGCGCUCAUACACGACUCCGACAGCGACGCGCCGCCCGCGCAUCCCGCGCAUCUACAUCUGCACGACAGGAGCGAGGCAGCGUGUGGCUCAGCCAGCGUGAUGCGCGCGGCGCUGGAGGAGGCGCGCGCGCUCAUACACGACUCCGACAGCGACGCGCCGCCCGCGCAUCCCGCGCAUCUACAUCUGCACGACAGGAGCGAGGCAGCGUGUGGCUCAGCCAGCGUGAUGCGCGCGGCGCUGGAGGAGGUGGCGCGCGCGCUCAUACACGACUCCGACAGCGACGCGCCGCCCGCGCAUCCCGCGCAUCUACAUCUGCACGACAGGAGCGAGGCAGCGUGUGGCUCAGCCAGCGUGAUGCGCGCGGCGCUGGAGGAGGUGGCGCGCGCGCUCAUACACGACUCCGACAGCGACGCGCCGCCCGCGCAUCCCGCGCAUCUACAUCUGCACGACAGGAGCGAGGCAGCGUGUGGCUCAGCCAGCGUGAUGCGCGCGGCGCUGGAGGAGGUGGCGCGCGCGCUCAUACACGACUCCGACAGCGACGCGCCGCCCGCGCAUCCCGCGCAUCUACAUCUGCACGACAGGAGCGAGGCAGCGUGUGGCUCAGCCAGCGUGAUGCGCGCGGCGCUGGAGGAGGUGGCGCGCGCGCUCAUACACGACUCCGACAGCGACGCGCCGCCCGCGCAUCCCGCGCAUCUACAUCUGCACGACAGGUCACCAAAACGCAUACCAACCAACGCCAACGCGACGGCAUUCGCAGAGAGCACAAUAUCAGCCGUGCAGGCUGCGCUUCACAAGUAUCAGAUACAAAUACAUGAGUUGCAAGUGAAGCUGCAGAAUUCUCGAGAGCAGUUAGCAACUUGCAGGAAACACGGCGAAGCGGCUGAAAUCAAUGUCGCCUCUUUGGAAAGCAAAGUCCAGGAUCUACAAGGUAAACUAGACCAAGCCAACGCGGAUGUUCACCAAAUGUUGCAAGAGAAGGAGUCGAUGCAGAAGACGGUAGAAGCACUUCGCAGCGACAAGAAUAACUUGGAGAGGAAUAGAGUGGAGAUUAAUGCUAUGGUGGAAUCUCUAACAUCAGACUACGAGAAGCUACAGAAAAUCAACUCUCGUCUAGAGAAGACUAUAGAAGCGUUAGAGAGUGAGAAGAGGAACUUGAAUGAUGAAGUGGAUCAUUUACAUAGAGAGGCUUCUAGCAGGGAGGCAGUGUUGAGGGCCGAAGAAGAACGUUCUUCCCGGCUCCGCUCCGAACUGGUGUCGACUAGAGAGGAGCUCAACAAGACUGCUCUAGCGAGGGACUUGCUCGACCAGCAGAAGAUUGAGGGAGACAGCAUACUGUCGCAAAUGGAGAAACAUAGGAGUGAUCUAGAAAUAGAGCUAGAAAGAACUCUGAUGGAGAGAAGUGACUUACAAGACCUCGUGGAGAAGUUGGAAGCAGCUGUCAGGAAUCUUGAAAGCGACAAGAAGAAACUGCAAGAAGAUGUUAAGCAUUUGGAAGACGAGAAAUCCAACCUGUCGAGUCAAUCAUCAGAACAGCAAGGGGAUCUGAACUCCUUACGCAAAGAGUUGCUCGCAGCUGAACAAACUAGGAUGGAGUUGGAGGCAGACAAGGCGUCUCUGUGUGAGAAGAUCAAGUUCCUUGAAGGAGAAAGAGAUAAAGUGGAGUUGGAGUUGCGGCAGGUUAUGAGGGAACGAGGUGAAUUAAGCUCCCAGCUCACAGCAAUGGUCCGCAAGAAAGAUACACUUAACGAAGAGAUCAUACGUUUGCAACAGCGAUUGGAACAAGCUAAUGAGACUAUUGGCAGAAUUAAUAGAGCUUUAGAAGAUCAUGUUAAAGAUGGGGAAGAGAAACAGAUUCUCAUAGACAGUCUCGAGAAAGACAAACAUCAUUUACAAGAGCAAUUGGCAGGAGUUCGUUCAGAGAAGGACGCGUUAGAAGCAGUCCUGUUCGACACGGCUAACAUGUUGGAAGAUACUGAUAACAAGAGAGCCAAGCUCGAACAUGAGCUGCAAGAGACAUUAGUGCAGCAGGAGAAUUAUAAAGGUCAAAUAGCCCGCCUCACAAAAGACCUGGAGAACAGCGAGCGCAAACUCCGCGACACUCGCAACUCGAUGUCGCAGGCUUCCGGCAAGAAGGAGGCAGAGUACCAGCAGAUAAUAUCUAACAUUAACCGCACUACUACUGAGAAUAUUACCAAGUUAAAGGAGGAGAAGGAACAACUCCGCCAAGCGCUCGAACACAAGCUCAGCCAGACCAUAGCGGCACUAACCAGCGAGAAAGAGUCAUGUGAGGCGGGUGCCCGAGAGAGGGAGAAGAAGUUACUCAUAGCGAGGGACCAGCUCAUACUGCAGCACGAUGAAGCCAUGCUCAGAGCCGAAAAUGAUAAGCAGCAGGCAUUGCUCAUGGCCCACCAAGAACAGCAAGCCCUUCUAGAGCGUCUAGAAGAAGCGAAACGUGCGUUCGACCUCGAACAGAACAAGCUCGAGCGAGUGCGGCGCGACGCGCAUGCGCGAGCCGAACAGGAUCGCACCUAUGUCAACCAGCUGAAGGAUGAGAUCGCCGCGCUUAAGACUAGGCUGGAUGAGGCUAAGGCCACAGCGGAAGACGAAUGCGCCCGCUUCGAGAACCGCAUCAAGGAGCUACACUUAGAAAAGGAGGCGGUUAUGCGUGAAUGUACGGAAAUCCGCGCCCAACUGUCAUUGGCUGAAGACAAGUAUGACAAUGCGUAUGCGCAGUUACAGGAGACUAUGAGGAAGUUGAAGGAAUUGGAGAACGAAUCAGACAGUCUACGCAAGGAACUGACGGACGUUCGCCGUCAGUUAACGAACUGUAUAGCUGAACGCGACAAGUACAACAGCAGCUGUCGCGAGCUGCGCGACCACGUCAAGCGAGCUGAACACGAGCGAAGAGAGGCGGCCAGAGCCAGGGACGAGGCUUAUCAUAAGAUUGCUGGCCUUGAAGAAAACCGCACAUCGCUCGACUUGGAGCUCUCUCGCGUUCAAACCAUGUUGAAGGAGAGUGAGACGGGCGGGGAACAUGUCACCCGAGAGCUGAAGGCCACUGAGAGUCAGCUAAAGAGAGAACGAGCUGCUUUGGAACAAGCUAAUCAUGAUAUCAAGGAGUUGCAGUCCAGACUACAAAACGAGUGCGAAGAACGCGAGCGUUGUGCCGGCGACGCGGCCGCUGCCCGGCGCCAUGGUGCUGAGCUGGAGGCCAUGCUGGGCGCCACCCGCGCCGACCUGGCCGCCUGCAGGCAGCGGGCUGCUGAACUGGAGGAGGCCUGUAGAGCGAGGGACCAGGAGUUAGUCCUCCGGCUAGAAGACUGUCGGUCGAAGGAGCGUCGUUUAGAAGAACUCAAACAUAACCUCGAAGUGUGCCUCGCUGAUGCCACGCAACAGAUACAGGAACUCAAGGCUCGUCUAGGCGGCAGCGAGGGUCGUUGCCGAGCCCUAGAAGCGUCCCUCUCGCAGUGCGAGAGCGGCAAGCGCGAGGCUGAAGCCAAGCUGUCCUCCAUCGCACAUGCGCUGCGCCGCGUGUGUGGCGUGCAGCCUGACGGUACUGUGCACGCCGCCACCAGGAAACGCCUCGCCAGCCCCGCCAGGAGAUACAGCCCACACAGAGGACGCGAUCAUUCCGAGGAUCGCAACGAGAUAAUAGACGUAGAUCCUGAACUGGUUAAGAAAGGCAUGCGUAACUUGAUGCAUGAUGUCUGCCAGAUUGAACGGGAGAAGGAUGAUUUCAAAUCACAAGUAAACAUGUUAAAGAAACAGCUCAAAGAUGCCUGUGAACAGCAAGGCAAGGGUGACAACCAGCUGCAGUCGGUGACCAGCAACCUGCGCAGCUUGCAGGAGGAGAAGGCGAGGCUGCAGACCGCGUACGGACAGAAGGAGGCGCAGCUCAAUGCUCUGGUAAUGUGUACUGUACUGUCACUGUGCAAGUGUGACAACCAGCUGCAGUCGGUGACCAGCAACCUGCGCAGCUUGCAGGAGGAGAAGGCGAGGCUGCAGACCGCGUACGGACAGAAGGAGGCGCAGCUCAAUGCUCUGUCGGUGACCAGCAACCUGCGCAGCUUGCAGGAGGAGAAGGCGAGGCUGCAGACCGCGUACGGACAGAAGGAGGCGCAGCUCAAUGCUCUGUCGGUGACCAGCAACCUGCGCAGCUUGCAGGAGGAGAAGGCGAGGCUGCAGACCGCGUACGGACAGAAGGAGGCGCAGCUCAAUGCUCUGUCGGUGACCAGCAACCUGCGCAGCUUGCAGGAGGAGAAGGCGAGGCUGCAGACCGCGUACGGACAGAAGGAGGCGCAGCUCAAUGCUCUGUCGGUGACCAGCAACCUGCGCAGCUUGCAGGAGGAGAAGGCGAGGCUGCAGACCGCGUACGGACAGAAGAAGGCGCAGCUCAAUGCUCUGUCGGUGACCAGCAACCUGCGCAGCUUGCAGGAGGAGAAGGCGAGGCUGCAGACCGCGUACGGACAGAAGGAGGCGCAGCUCAAUGCUCUGCAGUCGGUGACCAGCAACCUGCGCAGCUUGCAGGAGGAGAAGGCGAGGCUGCAGACCGCGUACGGACAGAAGGAGGCGCAGCUCAAUGCUCUGCAGUCGGUGACCAGCAACCUGCGCAGCUUGCAGGAGGAGAAGGCGAGGCUGCAGACCGCGUACGGACAGAAGGAGGCGCAGCUCAAUGCUCUGUCGGUGACCAGCAACCUGCGCAGCUUGCAGGAGGAGAAGGCGAGGCUGCAGACCGCGUACGGACAGAAGGAGGCGCAGCUCAAUGCUCUGUCGGUGACCAGCAACCUGCGCAGCUUGCAGGAGGAGAAGGCGAGGCUGCAGACCGCGUACGGACAGAAGGAGGCGCAGCUCAAUGCUCUGUGUCACUGUGCAAGUGACAACCAGCUGCAGUCGGUGACCAGCAACCUGCGCAGCUUGCAGGAGGAGAAGGCGAGGCUGCAGACCGCGUACGGACAGAAGGAGGCGCAGCUCAAUGCUCUGAACGAGUCAGUGCAGAGUAAGACAGUGGAGAUCAGCAACUUGCGAGACAAGAUCACCAGUCUUGAAGCUACGUUAGCAUCCGUCACGGAAGAGAAAGUACAGAAUGAGAACAAGGGUGAUAAUCUGCGAGUACAGUUAGCGGAACGUGUACAAGAAGUAGGACAGCUUCGUGAAGCGCUUGCAGCGGCUGAAGGUCGCGCGUCUCGGCUGGACGUGCGGCGCGCGCAGCUGGAGGGCGACGUGCAGCGCGCCGCCGUCGCCGCACGGGACAGGGACCAGGCACUGAAGAAACUACAAGAACGCUGCGAAGGUUACACCCGAACCAUCGCCCAACUAGAAGAUCGGUGUACCUCCCUCAAGGGUACCGUAGAACAACUAUCAACUGCCUUACAAAAGGCAGCCACGGCCGAGUCGGAGCUACGAGCCGACCUCGGUAAAGUCACGAGGCAGUUGAACGAGGCGAAGAAUAAUGAACAUAAUGCUGUUGAUAAGCUUAGGCAGAUACAGAAGAGUGUUUCGAGCUGUGAGAACGAGCGACGUGUACUAACAGAGAAGUUGGAAAGUGCCAAGGCAGCGCUAGGAGAUAUGAAGAGACUCAACUCUUCACUAGAAGACCAAGUGCAUCGACUUACCAACCAGUUGGCCAAUGUAGAAGUGCAAAGGUCAGCCUUCGAAUCCCAACUCCGCAUGACGACAUGGGACGGCAAAGAAAGCAACACAGACAGCGAGCUCGAACGCGAACUUCAUCAGCUACAACGUGACAGAUCUGAACUGAAGUCCAAGUGCGAAGUGCUGCAGGACACAGUGAGGAAGUUGGAGGCAGACCGGCGCAUGCGGCCCGCGCUGCGUAGCAAGAGCCACGACCGAGGGGACAAGACUGUCUACUACUCUGAUUUAGAUUCAGGUCCAGAUUCAACAAAGGACUCAUCAACAACGCGAGGUUAUAAAGACUUGGCCAACAUUCCAUGCAAGGACAAAGGUUUUACCACCGACAUCAGUCUCAUAGAGUUGGAGAACAGAGAGCUCAGGAUGAAGAUACGACGCUUGGAGAAGGAGUUGGCGGAUAAGGAGGCAGAACUAGUAAUGGCUAGAACCCGGUACUUAUCCGAUUUAUCCAGCGUGUCUCCGUCUCGGAGAGGCGACGUGGAACAUUAUAGACAAGCAGCUUUGCAAGCUGAGAGACUGUUGGAGAGCAAGGAGGCCAGCUAUAGGCAGCAGAUUAUGAGGCUUGAGUCACAGGCAUCCCAACUCCGGUCACAGCUAACAGCAGAGAUCCGUCGUCGGCAAGCGUACAUAGCCCGUAGUGGCCGCGCCGCCCGCGACGUGCAGCGCCUGCGCUCAGCUCUCGGUGACUCGCUGCGGACUGUCUCUCAGGACCCAGCGUUAGACUCGUACACGUUGGAGCACGAAGCCAGAAAGCUGGACAGCACGCUCACCCACAGUCUUCCGCCGCUGAACGACAGCUACGACUCGUCCAAAUAAACACCGGCACCGCAGCAAGCCGAUAUUUACCAAUAAUGAGCUGCCAACUCGAGCAUUGUGUAAAAAACACACACAAUAGGAAUACAGAUGGUGUAAUUUAUAACCAGCCGUGUAGUUUCAAGUUUCUAUUAUAGGAAAACUGGCUGCGUGUAAAAUUAGCAGAUAAAAUCGAUACAAUAGGUGACACCGAUGUUAUUCCUAUCCUCUAGUGUUUAUCACCAGUUUUUCGACUUCCAGCGAUGUCUAUUUUUAGUGUUGCUCGAAAAUUCCUAAAUGUAAAUUGGACAAACUCGACAGUACAAAUAUGGCAUGGACUGCGGACUCGCGAAGGCGAGUAUUUAUGAAGAGAACAAAAAAAUAUUUUGUAACCUUCGAGUCAAAAAGUGGCCUCAUUUAUGAUGGACCCAAAAACUUGAAAGUUGUUACGACAUCGUUAAUCAGUAAAAGUAUUGCUGAAUGCCAUUGUAGUUAUCGGUAAACGUGUGACGUCAUCACUGCCUGUCUCAUAUCGGACGCAUGUUUACUAAUUUCAUUUGUUCGGCAUGUGAGUUUUAUUCGAGUUAACAACACCACAUGUCACUAGUUUGGGAUGAAUCUAUUUGGAAUAUUGGAUGCUUCUGUACGUUGUACGAAACGAAGAUUCUUCUCAGUAGGGGUAAUGCACUAAAAAUUCACGAAUAAUGUAGACAGUGUGCAUUUGUCAUUUAGCAAUGAUUUGUUUGAUAACACGCAUGAGUCAAAGCGUCUUGAACGAUGAUUCACGCCGAGGUCAGUUCAAAGACCGGAAAUAUGGAGGAAGCUAUUUUUUUUAACUCAAAUGACUCAGUAAUAAUCUAGUUUAUCAGUGAUGGUGUGUACUUUCGAGAUUUCUAGUCAUAUUUCUUAAUUUACAAUGUCUUACUUUCCUAUAAAAAUUAUUAACAACGAUAAAGUUUUUGUGUUCUAAACUCAAUUUGCUGUAUAUUUUUAUACUUUAUUUAUUUCAUUAGAACUUCGCAAAAACAUCGAUCCUUAAAGGAAAAAUUAAAAAAUAUUGUAUAAAUACUUAUAUCAUGCCGAAUUAUUCAAAAUUCUAAGCUUUAGUUUAUGUGAUGUCGUCUAGUCAUUUAUUUUAACUACCUAAAAUCUAAAUCUAUUAUUUAAUUAUUGUCAUUGAACGCUCUUCGUGCAUCCAGAGUUAAUAAAACGUAGUUAUUUGCAUGUUUGUGCCGAUUACAUUAUUGUUUUGGAUUAGCGGGAUACGUCAUACUUAUAAAUAAUUACAUGUGUUCAUAAAAACAUAAUUAUUAUAAUGUGAAGAUUUCUUAGUUUAAUAUAUUCUAUUGUGUGAUUAUUUAUGCAAAUUUUUAUAAUAAAAAUAUAAGAAUAAUAGUCACUUAGACUAGUCAUAAUAGUAUUAACUUAUUAAUUAAGAGUAAUGGUAAAAAAUCCGUCCAGGACUAUGCUUUACCGUGUGUCAGAAUGUGUGGACACCUAGGUACCUAUUUAUCACGUUUUCCGCCUCAACGACUUAUGAAUAUUGUUUUAAAAUCAACUACGUAGUAAUAACAAUAUUUAUUUCAUUAUACUAUAUACGUAUAUUAACAGAGGAAAAUAUUGUGGAUUUCCCGAAAAUCACACGUAAACAAUUCAAUUAUAACUAUGAGGGAACCAUUGUAUUAUAACAUGUUUUUAUAUAAAACACAGUAUAAAAUACGUGCAAGUUUCACUUCACGCUUUAUCGUAAAGGGGCGAAGCUGUUGAGCUGCCACUAUUAUUUGUUAAAACAUGAAUAAAAGCGGAUAACAUUUAUCAAAGUAAUUUUAUGAGUAUUUAUCACAAAGCAAAUUGUCCUGAUAAGUGUGCACUAGUAUUGGGUUAUUAUUACAUUAGUUAGUGAAAAGGGCAGUAACAAUAGUGCUCGCUAACAUUUGACCCCACUGCACCUCGCUAGAUAAGCGCCGGGGCCCGGGCGCCUUGAUAAAAAUGGUUCAACACCAUUUCAUUCCACUAUCUAUUUUGCCGGCUAUCGGCACGACACUGUAGACAACCCUAUUGUAUGUAGAUUCACGUUCCCACAUGCUUAUUACUUCCAAUUAACGACUUUGCAGUAUUUAGUGUUAAGAUAUAAUUUUGUAUGUCACACGCGCCCCAUAGUGGGCUCGAUCUAUGUAUGAGACCUUGUUACACAUCAUGGGGUGUGCCAACAGAAAACUAACGCAACUGUAAUCCAACACUUGUUUUGCAUCAUAGAUUAGAUUGCUUAGUUAUCGAGUUCAUAAUAGAUAUUAAGUUAGGCGUAUUGAGUUCAUUUCCACUGGACUGUGUCAAUUCUUAUGUUACUAGAAUAUCGACAUACGCCCGCCACGUCACACUGCCAUACAUAAUGUUUUAUCAUGAUUUAAUGUACUGUUCAGUUAGUCCCUAUAGAAUUAAGUAUAGACACGUUUAUGUAACUUUUGUACACUCAUCAAGUCAAUAAAUAGUUGUAG